ACGAUGGCUUUUUGGGUUGUUCUUGCAUUGAGGUGCAGGGAGCACGAGAGGAUGCCAGAUCCACGCUGAACCUCCAUCGUCUGACCUUUCCUUCCCCUUCCCUUCCUCUGAUCUGAACCCGUCUGUCCUCCCCUCUCACCCCCUGCCGAGACCCCCUCACCACUGUCUCCUGUCGCCCCCUCGACAAUGUUACCAUGCAUUAACUGGCUGCAGCCUCUCCUCGCCUUGAUCUCCUCCACCUUGCUUACACGAGCCAACAACUGUCCAUCCAGCUGUUUAUGUCCAGAUCACCACACCGUGGACUGCAACGGACAAGGUCUAACCAGAGUCCCGGACUCCAUCCCUCUGGAUGUCCGCCGCCUCCUGCUCUCCAACAACUGGAUUCCCUGGAUCCCCUCAGACUUCCUAGUCCUCUACAGUGAUCUGGUCUACUUAGACCUAAGGAAUAAUACCCUCUCCCAGCUGGAGCCAGGGACCCUGACCACAUCUUCUAGAUUGGUCUUCCUGGACCUUGGGAGCAACAAUCUGACAGAAAUCCCCUCCGGGACGUUUGGGGAGUCUAGGAGUCUGAUCAAACUGCGACUGGGGAACAACCCCUACCUAACCAUGGUGGACAGGGACGCUUUCACAGGGCUGACCUCCCUGAGGGAGCUGGAGCUGGAAAGGAACGGUCUCACAGAGCUGGACGUCAGCGUCCUGGAGUCCCUGCCAUCCCUCCGGGUGCUGCGACUGGAAGGGAACCCCUGGCUCUGCAACUGCCAGUUUGCCAAACUGUUUGCAUGGCUGACAGAGAACCGUCACAAGCUCCCAAAGGGUAUGGAGGGGAUAGAGUGCUCCCUGCCUCUGGAUGGGCGUCAGGUCCCCCUCAGUUUACUCUCUGAAGAAAGUUUCCGGGAGUGCCGCGGCACCCUCACUCUCACUGACUACCUCAUCGUCAUCUUCUCCGGCAUCUCCGUCUCAGUAGCAGCCAUCAUGGCCAGCUUCUUCCUUGCUUCCACAGUCCACUGCUUCCAGCGCCUCAGCAAAGGCAGCAAAGGAGACGAGGAAGAAGGGAACGACUGAUGGAGGAAAGGGAAGUGCAAAUGGAUUACAUUAAAGCUCGAAAAACUCUUGCACAGAGGUCCGGUUUGUAUCCAAGACGAGAGGUCUCAACAAGUCAAGUCCAAGAUCACUGGGCUGGUUUGGGAGUCUUUGGGUAGGCUUGAAUCACUGUGAACAGGUAUUGGCUUCAUUGAAUGUAGCAUCUUCUAUGACAGUGUACACAGCUAGCAGUAGAAACGCUGGUCUGUGGCACUAGUUUUGUAAGAAACUGAAGAACUGUAGCAAUUAUGCCAUUUUUGAAAAAUGUACACAGUCACUUUCAUCAACACUGUAAAUGUAUUCUAGAUGGAGAUAAUGGGACAAACUUGUGUCCUAGGGUUUGGACUAUGGGAAACCAAUGAUUGAUGUAGGGAAUUCCUAUAGCCACCAAACGGUACAACCUUUGUUGGAAGUAGAACCACGUCGUUUAUCAUUGGCCUUGUCGUCUAGUGGGACUCGCAGGCCUAAAAAUAUAUAACCAACAUGAAAGGACAUAAACCAGAUUAGACUGCAGGGUGUUUUAGUAUUUAUAGAUUGUCACUGUGUCAGAUUAGACAAUCAUAGCUUCAAAAACUCUUGCCAUGACAUGAAACACCAAUUUUGGACCAAUGUAUUCAUAAAAAGUGCUUCAUAUACACGUUGGCCAACAGAAACAUCAUAAGGAUGUAAAAAAAAUAACAUGCAUAAGCUUUCAGUUGGUAACAUUGGUUGUCUUCCAUUGUAAUACACUACAAAAAGAUAAAACCAAUGAUUGGCUGAUAUGUAGGGCCAAUCUUUCCAACACUUUUACAACAACCUGGUUUGUGUCAGGCCCUCAUCAUUUCAUUGGUCAGGCUUUGUAAGACCUCUGCUGAGAGGGUCUGGUGGUGAAGUGCCUUGCUCAACACCAUCUUGGUUGUUGAAAGAACAGUUGUAGGAUUUUAAAGAUUUGCAAACGGACUCUCUGAAACAUCCACACAGUCAUUUUGCAGCACAUAUUUUUUAUUUCUCAUCCAUCUUCUACUCUUGGUUCUGCAACAAAUUCUUCAUUUUGCACCAACUGAACCAAGAAACUUUGCACAUUUCCGGAGUGUGAUGCAGUAACUCAACUAAAGGGUUUCUAUCAGUGCACUGCAUUUGAUAUUGGGGGAUCCACUGCAUCGCUUGUUCACAUAUGUUGGUAAAUAUCCUCAGAUUUUGGCUCUAAAAGUCAUACGUGUUGACCUGUUCUCCACUGGAGCAAUACAUGCAAUAAUAUUCCAGUACAGCUAAUGGUAGCAGAUUAUAAUCUAGACUUUCCCAUUCUCAUUCAUUCGUGUACCAGUUAGCAUUGAUGCCAACUCAUAGACAGUCUGCAGAAGACAACUGUACCUUUUACAGUUUGAGUGUGCAGCUUCCAGCCAUCUGUCUUACUGUAGUUUAUGCAAGUAACUGUAACAUUUAUAUGGGUUUGUUUUAAAAGAUUAGUUGCAAAUUCUGUCUUUUAA